UGCAGUCACCGUGGAGUGUUUCCCUUUCUUCGCGCUCUUAUAAACUCCUCUAAACCCAUGCCUCUAAACAAAAAUUGAAGAGAAACGGUUCAGUCACUCAAAACAGUCUUCUCGGGUCAAAAUAUAUAAUUUACUACGUUUCUACGUAACGUCCAGCUGCGCAGUUCCCUUUGACUUUUCAUUGUUUUGCGCUGUGGCCUACUUGGAGCAGGAGAAGCUCCUCAUUUUUUCAGAUAAAGAAGGAACAGUGUUCGCUAUAAUGUCGACUCCUCUCGCGUUGCACUUGCAAACACAGGUCGUCUCUAUCGUGGAGGCACUGGCUAAAUCAGCAAUCGCAGAAAUCAGAAAAGUCAUCGACGAAGGCACUGAAGUGUCGUGUUUGGAAAUGUCUCGGAGUAAGAAAGAGAAUGAAACGCUUAAGCGGAGAUUACUGCAAAUGGAGAAGGAACUAGAAGCAGCUCGAAAAGGUAUAAAAAUAAGGGCGGUAGCGGGAGACAGAAUUCGCAAUGUCAACGAGCAGAUCGGCGAUGAAAUUCGAGGAGCGGACGCACCGUCCAGCGACAAUUACGUUUCAGAAAAGGAACAACCAUUCUCCAUAGAUGGUGUUUUUCUGAAGGAGUGCAGCGUCAGCCUGUGGAAGGAAGAAGUUCCAAUGCAGCCAGUCACCAACGAGGAGGGGACACAGACAGGGGAGGACAAGGCGGGUCUGUAUUCCGGUAAGGUCGAGCAGUUCGAGGAGAACUUGGAGGACAGCGAGCCACAUGGAGGUCUACAGAUCUGCGAUGGUGUUUUCCAGUCGGGGAGAGAUUCCACCGAACCUCGGUGCGUCGGCGAGGAGUCCGAUGCGCUGCCCGCCCCCGCGGAAGCAACGCGGGAACCUUGCUCGCCGCCCGCGGCCACGGGGAGCCGACGGGACCAGCGCGCGCUCCCCGGCGCUACGGAGGGCCCCGCAGAACCGCGCGCGGGGCCUGCACCCCCACCCCCGCAGAGCGCCGGGGGGCCUCAACCUGAAGGUAUUCGGCGCUACUUCCUUCGCGACAGGAACGCCGAUGCGGCGAAGGGCCAAGAAGGAGCCGCCGGGAGAAAGCCGCUGGCUUGCACGCACUGCGGAAAGAGUUAUGCCUAUUUUGGCAAUUUUAAAAGGCACGCGUGCGCCUGCCCCGGCGGAAGCGGGAACCGCCUCGGUCAAAAAGCCGAAGCUGAGCGGCGCGAAAGCGUCGAGCCUGGACAGCAAGCGCUUGAAAACGGCUGGCUCAGUUGCGAACACUGCACGAAGACAUUCAGUUGUCUAUACGACCUCGAAACGCAUCUGGCCGUCCACAGGGAGAAGCCGUUUCGCUGUAACGACUGCGGGAAAUAUUAUUUAGAAAAAUUGCAUCUUGAUUCGCACCUGUGCUCUCUCCCUGGCGAGAAACCGUACAAGUGUAUCGACUGUGGAAUUGGCUUUUCUCAGGAAGCUCACUUGAGUUCACACCAGUGCCCGCAAAGGAGAGAGAAACCGUACAGUUGUACCAAUAGUGGAGAUGAUUCUUCACAGAAGAGAAAAUUAGAAUCUCAGCACCGCAUUUCCCUAGAAGGUAAUUUCUACAGCUGUGCGGCCUGCCAGCGGCAUUUCGUGGACAUUAAUACUUUUGAUCAGUAUCCGUGUAUUCGCACGGUGAUGAAACCGCACAGGUGCUUUGAGUGCGGGAAGUGUUUCACGCAGCGCCGCAGUCUUAAUAUACACCAGCGCACAAUCCACAGAGGAGAGAGACCGUACAGCUGUGCCGAGUGUGGCAAGAAUUUCACCCAGAGAGCUAAUUUUAAGAAUCACCAGGUGAUUCACACAGGUGAAAAACCAUACACAUGUCUCGAAUGUGGAAAGAGCUUCACUGAGAAAGGUUAUCUUAAAAAACAUCUUCGAAUUCACACAGGAGUGAAACCCUACAGGUGUAGAGAGUGUGGAAAGGGUUUUUAUUACAAGACCUGUCUUAAUUCACAUGAGCGCAACCGAAUAAAGUGCUCUCACCAUGGACAACGUGUUUCUCAAAAAAAAAAACUUCACCUUCGUCUGCACCACCAAAUUGCCAGGUCCAAAGUAAACAAAAAUGAGAAACGUACUAGUUCUUUCUCAGAAAAAGACUAGACAGUAAAGUAGAAUGGCUAAUUGGCCCAUUGAGGCAAUAACAACUUUGAACUUGCAGUCAAACAUUGCCCUGCUAACAUCCAAUGGUGCGUCAGUAGAGGGCUUUGAAUUCACACAUAGUGUUAAUGGCUGAAUUUUCCGUUCAGACUGUUUUUAUUUGUUCGCAAUAUAUAAAGAAUUGAUUGGUAAUGGUUUUUGAAUUUAUCGUUUUUGUAUUGCAUUUUUAAAUUCACACCUCAAAAUGAUUCCGUGGUGAUAAUAUCAGUCCUGUAUUGUACAGAACCACCCCAAAAAUGGCAAGAAAUAAUUUCAACUUCUAGGAAAUACACUGCCUUUUGUUUUGUUUGGUGUCCUUAGAAUAAACAUGUCUGUUUGUCUCCAUAAGGAACUUAUGUUUGUCUUGACAUCAUGGCAGUUAUUUGAAAAUAAUACAAAAGCUACCCAAAAAAAAUUACAUCCCAAAAAGGGUCCAAACUCAUUUCUGCCAAGAAUAUGGCCACACAACUCAACUUGACUUCAUUUACAGUAACCCAUGCUUGAAUUGUUUUAACCCUUACUGCAUGCACACGACAUGGAUAUCACAAAAAUAGUGAAUCUAAAUUUAAAUAAAAAAAUAAAAAUAAAAAUCUCCUGCCAUUUUAGUAGAAACACAACUGUUAUUCUGUUACGGAAUCCUGUGAACAAUUAAUUUCACACUUGCAGGCUACAGGCAUGCCGAAAGGACUCUGCCCUGCCAUUUUAUUACAUAUUGAAGAACCCCUCUUUCCCCCCCCCCCCCCCCCCCCGCUUCCCUGUGGACGGUAAAUACUAACUCCCUUUGUAGAGUAAACACAGAGCACUGUUAAUUUACAUUGAUGUACAAAGUAAAGUUUCAUGAAGUGUUCUUGCCGACCCUUCACACUGUUAAAAUUCUCAUGGUACAGUCUCACGGUUGAUAUCAUUUGCUUCAGCGAAGGUUGGAAGAUACAUUUUGGCCAUGUGUACUGUAACCCGGGACCAAGCCUGGGGGAGCAGACCAGAAGUUUUGUUGCCUUUUUUGUGUACACCCUUUUUUUUCAGUGAUUGGACAUUCAUGCCCUUUACUUUAACACUGUUAAAAUUCCCAUGGUACAGCCUGAAGAGAAGUAAGAAGAGUGGAGGGGUGGGGAGCAACAGCAAAUGCAAAGGGUUCUCUUUGCAGGCGCAAACGGUACAUCUAUAAAUAUAUCAGUAUGUCAAGCCUGACUUGGACAGAAUGAGGUGUGGAUUUCUCAUUUGUAUUGCUUCCCACAGAGAGAUGGAAAAGAGAGGUUGUCUAUAAGAAUAUUAAUCAAUAUUAAUCAACCAGGAGACCAGCCCCAAACAUAAUGUCAUUUUGAAGCAUACCCCCAUUUCUAGUUAACCCAUUUUGUGUUACUUGUUACUUGUGUUACGCAGUCUGUUAAAAACUGUUUUUUGUUUUUUUGUUGUGAAAAAAAUUUUGUGGAAAAAAAUAAAAAUAAAAUCUUGCCCUCA